CGGCUGAAGGUAUGCUUCAGUCUGUUCGGCUUUCAAAGGAAUCAUUGAAGGUAAUGUUUGUGCAACACUGCAACCGUGUUUCCUUUACUGAAAAAAUCAGUAAAGGGGAGGGGUUAGAAAUUAAUUGCAAUAGGCAAAUGUUGACAUUUAGAAUAAGCAUUAAGUAGAAUUGGAUAAAGAUACAAACAGCUGCUUCUGGAAUAUUGAGACCUACUGCAAGACAGAAUGUGCAAGUUGGAUUUAUCUCUUUCUCACAGUUUAACAUCAAACCAAGGAUAGGAAAGAAUCAGCUUGCUACCACUUCAUAGCUUUAACUCUAAUGUGGUCUUAUCGCAAUUUAAUCACUGCAGUCACUGCAUAUGGACAAUUUUGUUGUCUUAAACCUGCAGUUUUCUGAACACACUACAACGAGAGAUCAAAGUUCACAGGCAACCAUCGUUAUCUUGUAAUACAGAAGUAAUGUAAACAGAAACUAGACAAUUCCCGCAAGCGGAAAUCGCGGGAGGGGCUCGGGCCGGGCAGCCGUCGGGCCCUCGCGCGACCUCCAUCCAGAGCGGCCGCGGUAGAGGCGUAUCUCGGCUUUUUCCGGUCCGUCGUGGGCUUUUAUUUUGAAAUUGCGCUGUGCUUUUAUUGUGAAAGGCGGAGACAGGAAGAUGUCACCUGGUCAAAAUUUGUAUUGGAGUUACUGUAAAGGCUGUGUGAAGCUAAAAGGUUUUUUUAGCUGUAAAAUGAAAUGUUUGGUCACAUCUUGCGCAUCUCCUGGGGGCUAAGGCACCCUGUCCUUUAAAGCUAGUGACGCCUCUGUGGCACUAUAGCAUAUGGUCUGAGAGGGUUUUUUUUUUUUUGCUGAAGGCAUGGGUUUUUGGAGGCUUCUCUAUGGAAAAGCAUAAAUCCCACCGUCACAAUAUAUACAUGCGUGAAACGAAGAGACUUGGGGCUUGUGUUUAAGACUAAAAUGUAGUCUGUAGGUGAAAGUAUGGCGCAGCACGUCAUAAGACUUUGAGAAAAUACGGGAGGUCAGCAGGUAAAUGCCAUGGCCUGCGUUCGAACCCACGGUGCGCUACCUCGGGGCCGUCCGGCUGCUUUACGGUCGUCAAAUCACAGCGCUGCCUCUCCAGAUUUCUCCAGAAUUCUCCGCCAACCGCAUCGUCCCCUGCCCAGAAUUCCCCAGAAUCACCCGACCAAUCGGUGUCCGAUGUGUCCAGAAUUCGCCCGCCGACAAAUUAACGUCCAGCGUGUCCAGAAUAACCCCCCGACCAAUCGAUGUCCAGCAUGUCCAGAAUUCACCCGGCGACCAAUGAGAGGGCCAGUCAGAGGUCAACCUCGGCGACCAGUGACAGCUCGAGCCGACCAACCCUUGACCCCGGUCGACGCCUGUCCCACCCCCCUCCCCUCCGAUCCCCUCAUUCAAACUUGUUUGUGGAAAAAUACAGACACCUGCUCUGAAACUUUUGCAUUUCAAGGUAAGACGACAUUAUAUUUAUUUAGUUUUUAUUAUCCUACGCAAAUGACAGCGUAACAAUUACAAGAAAGAAACGAUCGUAGCAUCCUUUGGUUAUUACACCGGCUGGCUACCCGUUUUUCACUCUCGUUUUACCGUUGAGGUGGUAUAGCAGUUAAUAUUUUUUUUCAUUACUAUCGUUUUCUAGCAGCAUACUGCUGUAUUCCCAGACACAUUAGUCAGUACGUGUUUUAUAAACUGUGACCGCCGUUAUAAGUAAUGUUGUGUGAAUAUCGUCGUUACUGUUGUCAUUCAUCUUUCCUUGCGUUACUGAACCAUUCAGUGAGUAACCGCGGUAGUGACGUGAUUCUAACAAUACAAUUAAGCUUUCAGCUGCAUAUGUACGUACAUUUUUCUUAGCCCAACAGCACUACUUCUCAUGAGCUAACCAUAACUGUGAUUACUUAUAACGGCCCUUUUCUACUAUAACGUUAUGUUGUCCCAUUAGCUUAGAAUAUGAAUCACAUUUUCUCUUUUUCAGCUCAUGCACCUAUGAAUAAUAAUGAAAGUACAAUAAUACAUAUUAAUGCUGGUGACUGUCCUACUUCUAAACUCUGGCUGCUACAUUUGGUGUAACUUGUACAUUUCUUCUCUGUUAAUGGUAGAUGGCUUCCAAACAAAAGAAGCACAGAGCUAUGUCAGAUAAGGAGUGGAUGUCCCGUCUGAGAAGGUUUGGCCUUCUGAGGCAGGAAACAGACCAGCACCAUGCCAGAAAAAGUGGCAUGAACUCUACCUGAAGAUUGAGAAAUGUCCGAUGCAGCUGAGGGGACAGGCAUCUCUGUUUGGAGGGACACAGACGUGCAGCUGUGGUUUCCAUGCAAAGAAGCCUUCCAGCUCUGUCCCUGGGCCUCCACAACCAGGUCCCUCAGCAGCGUCGUCUACAGAGACAGAGCAACCACAAACCUCUGGACGAGCAGCAACAUCUGGGCAGACACCUCGGAAGCCUUCUUUGACUUUGGCAUCGUUUAUGAAGCCAAGGUUUGGAGGGUCUCAUGGUGCUGCCUUAACGCCCAACUUAAGUUUGGCUGGGAAGCAUGUUAGCACGGUCUCCAGCUCUUCUCCCUCUUUGACUAUGCCUAGCGCUGUUACGAGCGCCAUGGCAAGCCGACCACAGUCGCCUGCCCGCAGUCCAAGGACGUUCAUCCAGGCCGUCUCUCCUCUCUCACCUGUGGCCACAAGCACCUCCGCUGCCUCUGUUCCACCAGCUACUGCUAGAGCUGAAACAUCAGCAUCCUCCUCAGCACCUCUCAUCCCUCUGUCCUCUGUGCCGACCUCUGUGACCUCCAUUGGUGUCCCCUCCACUGCUCCAUCUCAGACUGGUCCCUCUGAGCUCGCCACACCUCACCCUCUGCACACUCAAACUGCAGGAGAUGUGGAGACUCCUACAGGUUCUGAGCAGUGCUGGCUCCCAGCAGAGAUGAAGAAGAACAUACCUGUUCAGGACCAGAAAUGGAUUUCUGCAGCCAUCUGGAAAAACCAGCGACUGCGCACAGACCUGAAACUAUGGUAUGCGCCACCAGAGCCAGCGCUUAUUUAUCAUCAGGCCCCCACUCCAGAGCGUUUCUUCACACACAGACUUCUCUUAUGGAUGCCAUAUCACCUGUGGAAGGUGAAGCUGUAUUGCCCUGCAUGUGGGAAACAGCUCACAGGUGCUGGAGUACACAAGAGGGCUCGCAAGGUCUUGGACAUUGACAGGUAUUACCUGUUAAUUACAGAGACGCAAUUCAGUUGGUUGCAGGAUAAAUUACAUCUCCUCCAGCAAGACUAUCCUAGACCAACUGGAUAUGGCUCACAGGCUGGAGUUCAGACUCAUCCUGACUCAGAACAGAUUUGCAUGUGACAUCCGUGUCAUUCGAUUUUUGAGGGAGAGGACACUGGGUAACAGCCCCACCCGCCUGGUUAAACAGCUGAGGGAAAACCACAGCGAGGAGUGGCUCAAGCGCCUCUGCCGAUACCUCAGCGCAUGCUCUGACUUUGUAGCGCAGCCCAGCUUGAUCCCCGUCAGGUUUCAGGAGCCCCCUGAUCCCGUAGCUGUGCCAAGUCACAGGUGGAUGUUGGCUGUUUAUGGGCGGGACAUUCUUAGCAGACUUGACCACAUAAAAGCCAGCAUAACAUCCACCUUUGGUAGGAUACUGAAAAUGGACUCCACAAAAAAGAUAACCAAGAAGCUGUCAGGCGCUGCCAAAGGGACCGGACUAUGGCUCACAUCAGUGAGUAAUGAGGUGGGCCAAAUCCUCAUCAGUGUCCUGACUGCUCAGGAGGGUCCCGGGCUGGACCUCAUGGCUGCAGACCUGAUCCAAAGGUACAGCAAUGCUGGAGUGGCUCCUCCUAAACUCUUGUAUGUGGACACUGACUGCUGCACGGAGCAAGGAGGACAAACCAAGCUCAAAGAGGUUUGGUGGGUGGCCGGAUGUAGUCGUUAGGCUCGACAUCUACCACUUCAUGCGGCGGCUGGCAUCAGGAUGUACAAAUGAUGCACAUCCCCUGUACCCCACCUUCAUGGCCAAGCUGUCCUGCUGUAUCUUUGAGUGGGACAGCAGUGAUGUAGCCCUGCUACAGAGAGCCAAAAGGGAGCAGCUGAGGAGAGACUGUGUCCCUGGUAUCACUGACAAAAUAGUGGACCAGCAGAUCACCAAAGAGGACCUAGCUCUGCAUUGCAGAAGGCAGACAAGAGGGGAGGUGCAGACUAUCCUCAUGAUCGAGGCACUCCUUAAUGAACUGAUGGGUGUGAAAGGCAGAGACCUCCUUGGUGUCCCACUCUUGGACCAGGAGAGGAUGCAGCACAUUUGGAGAGUCCAGAGGAGGCAUGUAAAGUGCAUUCAGGACGAACCAGGUGUGCUCCUGUACACCGAGACAGGAAGUACCACCACCAAAGAGGGACUUAUCCUCCCUAAAUACAGGUGUGCCAGGGGGUCAACAUCACUUGAGUCCUUCCACUGCCAUCUUCACAGGUUCAUUCCAGGAACGAGCGCAAACAGCCUGAAUUUUCAGCUGUACCUCCUGGAAGGCCUUAAUAGAUGGAACCAGGACAGAGAAGCUGCUUCUCUGGCAGUCAAGCCACCAUCCCUGCUGAGCUACUCUGGGGACCUUGUACUGUGUGUCAACAAUUACAGUACCAAGGUACUUGGCAGGAAGCUUGUCCCAUCUUUUCAGCCUCCUUCUGUGUAUACUGGUGAGCUGAUCGGUAUUGAUUACCUGUUCAGACAAACUGGAAGGGCCAUGCAGAACAUGGAGCCUGACACAGAGGAGACUGACCACAUGCUGGAGGACUUGGGCACUGAGUAGGACCUGGAAGAUGAGGGUUUUGAGGAUGCCAAUGUGGGCCCCACUGUUGGGCUUCUAGACAUCACAGACCCAUCCUCUCAGCCAUCAACAGCCAUCGCCACCUCAGCCUGUAGUGCAGGAACUCCCACCUCUGUCCAACCUCCUACAUCUGAGGCCACCUCUUCUGCCCCAUACCUCCCUGCUCCUACUGACCUUCCAGCUACUAUGCCUACUACAGUACCCACACCAGCACAACCUCUGCAACAGCUGGCUAAGGAUUUGAGCUCCGUUGCGUCCUUCGGCACAUCAGCUGCCACCACCAGCUCAGCCUCUGCUCCUCCUCUCCCCACCACUGUCUCAGCUGCCAUCUCCACUGCUACAGAUGCACCAGCUGGUCCGUCCAGACCACCGGCCAUGAGCCCAGCACAAUAUCACCAACAGGCCACUGGUGCAUCAGUUUCCACCUCCAGCUCUGCCUCUGCUCCUCCUCUCCCCACCACAGUCACGACCUCUGUCUCCACUGCUACAGCUGAUGCUCCUUGUGGGCCACCAGCUAUGUGCCCAGCAGCACCCGAGCGAGAGGCUGUGGAUGAACGUGGUAUUCCUGGGAUGGACCGAGUGGACAGCCUGGCAGAGUACUUGGUGGAGUUACGGGCUGAAAAUGGCCAAACUCUGACUAACCCGCAGGCCAGCACCAUUAUAGCCUUAUGGCAAAAUCUUCUGCCAUAUGAUCAGCAGCGUGUGGCAUAUGCCGCUCGGCACCAGGUGCGCCUGACAACCGGGCGGUAUAAACAGCCCAAACGAAAGGCUGAAUUUACACCAGGGGUAGAAAGCAUGACUCGCUGUGUCCUGGGUUCGUCGGGAUCUCCUGCCCAGUGGCCAGACUGUUGUUGCCUAGUAGAAGCAGUCUUCAUCAAGCUCUGCAACAUCCAUAAGAGCCCUCAAAAAAAGACAAUUAUGCUCUAACGCGAUGGACACUGAUUCUCAGGGACUACAACAAAAUUCGACAGCUGGUCCUGGGAAACGGCACAGUUAUGCAGAGUACUACCCUGCAGUUGUUUGCAGUCAAUCAAACAACUCUUGUUCAGUGGCACAAUAAAAGGCUGAAGAGGCAAGACUGCAGAAUUCUGCUGCAGGGAGUCAAUCUCCCUGCCACAAUUUCUGUAGCUCCCAUGCCUCUUCCACCACCGCAGGUACAGCCCACUGCUGCACCGACACGUCCUGGUCCCCAACAUGAGUACAACCUGCCUGAAAGCACAGCAGGGCAGGCAGUGCUCAAAAGAAAAUCCACUGCUUUCCCACCACUGGAUGCCCCACCAAUAGUCCGGCCAAGGCUGCCUGCUCAGAGGCAGCUCUUCCCAAGACAGGCACCCCCACCCAUGGUCUUCAUUCCCACCCCUUCCACUAGCCCCUUCAUAUUCCAGGCCCCACAAGUCUUUGCACCUGCACCAAAAGCAGUUGCGCCUGCUGGCCCUCUUCCUCCUCCUACACCUACUCGCAGGCCAUACAAUCGGACUGUUGAGAAAAAUAAAUGCGGUCAGUGCCACCAGCCUCGCACCAAAGAAAGUGGACACAGCCAGUAUUAUGGGCACAUAUACUGUCCACUAAAUGCUGGUUUGCCACUUGACCAGUGGAUGGAGGAGAUGCGGCGAAAAAGAGCAAACCAGUAAUGGAUUCUGUGUCCUUACUGGAUAUGCUGUGUAGAUAUUGUAAAUAGUUUUAAAUAGGGCUACACAAAAUGUUGUUUCUUUUUUUAUAUUGUACUGUUAUAUAUACAUCGCCCUCCAUAAUUAUUGGCACCCCUGGUUAAGAUGUGUCCUUUAGCUUCUUAUAAAUUCAUUUUUUUCUAAAUAAUAUAGUACCACAAUGAAAAAAAGAGGAAAAUCCAACCUUUAAUUCAAGUGCAUUUAUUCAGUGGGGGGAAAAAAACAAUCACACAUUAAGAAAUAAUUCUUUUACAUCAAAUCAUGUGUUCUACAAUUAUUAGCACGACUGAUAUUAAUACUUUGUACAACCUCCUUCUGCCAACAAAACAGCACCUAAUCUUCUCCAUUUUUGUUCUGACAUUUUUGUACAAUUUUCAGUGUGAGUGUAUGCUCCUGCAAAAAAAAAUUAUUUUAAGGCUUUCAACACAUCUUAACCAGGGGUGCCAAUAAUUAUGGAGGGCGCUGUAGUUGUGUUAAAAUUGUUUCAAUAUUGUUACUGUUUAUUGUAUAUAUGUAAGUUUUGUAUUUCUUUGUGUGUUUGUGUGAUAACCAAUUAAUCUGUAAAUUUUGUAAUAAAUCUGGCCUUUUUUUCUGCA